UGCUAUAGCAUGUGCAGAUCCCACUCUUCCAGUGCCAAUUAAAUUCAGAUGAGAAAAGAAUAAUAAACAAAAAAGAGUAAAAACCAUCUGCUGCUUUGCUUUCUGAACUUACUUUUCCAAUCAUUAAUUUCUCUCAAGCAAGAAAAAUCUCCCUUUCCAUUCAUCACAUUUCCACCAACCAACCUCUGUCUCAAUCUGUGUUUUAUAUUUAUAUAUUGCAUGUUUUGUCUCUGCUCUUUUUUCCCAUUUGGAAUUUCUGUCACUGAAACUGUGACUGCUGGGUUUUGUUUCCAUCACAACUCUUGGUUGUUGGGCAGCAGAGUUUGGAAGUUUCUGAUCUCUGUAUCAGAGUGAUUGGAGAGAUUACUUAUCCAUAGUGUUUGAGGGCUUUAUUUAAGUUCUUGGCUGAAGAGAUGGGAAUCAAGUUGAUCCUUUCAGCAGUGCUACUGUGUGUUACUCUUAUGUUAUUAGCAAGUGCAGAGCCUGUUGAGGAUAAAUUCGCUUUGCUCGAUUUCAUUAGACGCAUGAACCAUUCGAGAAGUUUGAAUUGGGACAAGAGAACCUCUGCUUGCAAAAGCUGGAUUGGAAUCACUUGCAAUCAUGAUAGUUCAAGAGUCAUAGCUGUUAAGUUGCCUUCUGUUGGAUUCAAAGGCAGAUUUCCUACUAACACUCUUGGCCGACUAUCCGCCCUUCAGAUCUUGAGUUUGAGAUCUAAUGGUAUAAGUGGUCCUUUCCCUUCUGAUAUUUUAAAGCUCAGGAAUCUGUCUAGUCUUUAUCUCGAGUCGAAUGAUUUUGAGGGUCCAUUGCCAUUGGACCUAUCUGUUUGCGAAAAUCUUUCGGAGCUCAACUUGUCGAAUAACAGGUUUAAUGGGGGGAUCCCGUCUUCAAUCUCGAAGCUGACUCAUUUGGUAGCUUUGGAUCUCUCUAAUAACUCUCUUUCCGGUGAUGUUCCUGAUCUCAGCAUCCAAACUCUGCAAGUGUUAGAUUUGUCCAACAACAAUCUCACCGGAAACGCUUCUCGAUAUCUAGAAAGAUUUCCUAGCUCAGCCUUUUCAGGCAACAAUCUUUCAUUGCAUCCAUCUUCUGAUUCUUCACCUAAACCUACACAAAAGAAACAUUCACUUAAAUUCAGUCAGUCUGCCAUUCUUGUGACUGUCAUUGGCAGUAGCUUGGCGGCCUUUGUGGCAAUCGCGUUGCUGUUGGUUGUCGCCAACAGAUGGAAGAACGGCAGCGAGAGUGGGGCGUCACACAAGACAGAGAAAUUCGCAAGGCGGAUGAGUUCGCAGCACACGCACGAAGGGGAUGGGAGAAUGAUAUUUUUUGAGGACUGUAAUCUUGUUUUUGACCUUGAGGACUUGUUGACGGCCUCAGGGGAGGUGCUCGGGAAGGGGACGUUUGGGACUACGUAUAAGGCGGCUCUAGAGGAUGCGACUACAGUUGCAGUCAAGAGAUUGAAGGAAGUCAUUGUUGGGAGGAAGGAUUUUGAGCAGCAGAUGGAGGUUGUAGGGAACAUUAGGCACCCGAACGUGGCUCCUUUGAGGGCUUAUUACUACUCCAAGGACGAAAAGCUUAUGGUGUAUGAUUUCUAUAAUCAGGGAAGCGUCUCUAUGCUGCUCCACGCAGCAAAAAGAGGCGAAAACGGGUCUCCUCUAGACUGGGAAACAAGGUUAAAGAUUGGCAUUGGCGCAGCACGAGGCAUUGCUCACAUCCACUCGCUAUAUGGGGGGAAGCUCGUUCACGGAAACAUAAAAUCAUCAAAUAUUUUCCUCAACGCCCAAGAGUACGGCUGCGUGAGUGAUCUAGGGCUAGCAACGCUGAUGAAUCCGGCCUCAGCACCCAUGGUCCAUUCAGGGUAUCGUGCCCCGGAGGUGAUAGACUCAAGGAAGGCAUUGCAAGCAUCCGAUGUGUAUGGUUACGGGGUUUUCUUGCUGGAGCUUCUCACGGGCAAGUCCCCUGUCCACACCUCGGGUGCGGAGGUCACCCACCUCGUGAGGUGGGUGAACUCCGUGGUAUGGGAGGAGUGGACGGGUGAGGUGUUCGACGUGGAGCUCCUGAGGUACCCUAACGUGGAGGAGGAGAUGUUGUCGAUGUUGCAAAUAGGGUUGAGCUGCGUGGCGCGGAUGCCCGAGGAAAGGCCGAAAAUGGAGCAGGUGGUGAAGAUGGUCGAGGAUAUUAGGGUCGUUGCCACACGAAAUAGCUCGCAUGGCGGGACUAGGACUUCGAGUCCGAAUAUCACACCACGUGCGAAUGAGAUCGGAUCCUCUUCGUCUACGAACUAGAUUCUUGGCAAUGUGAUUUAGUUCCAAGAAUUGUUAUUGAUUAUGGUUUUGUAUGCUAAGAAUUGUUAUUUGUGCCAUUAAUUUGUCAAUAGGGAGUCAUUGGUGGUA